AUGGCACACCAUGUGUCAUCGCAGCUCAGCAGGCAGCUCCUGCGAGCAGCAGCAAGACAGCCCACCUCGACCUGGUCAUGCACUGCGCGCUGCUCUCUCGCGCACCAACGUCAACGCCAAGCAGCAUCAGCCUCAGCAUCUUCAGUUCGUUGCUUCAUGACAACACCCGCAACUCACUCGAAACUUCCCCAAGACUCGUCGCAGACCUCCUCAAACUCAUCACAACGGCCAGAGGGCUCUGCGCGAUCAUCACCCAAAAGUUCCAAUCCCAAUCCCAAACACAGGCGCACAGCGCUGCUCGCGGCUAGCAGCGGCGUUCUCGCCUUGGCGCUGGCCUUUGUCGAGCCUGUGCCCUCGCAGCAAAACACAGAGCCUCGCCAACAACAUGAAGCGUCAGUCAAGGAACCCCAAGAGCCGUCACAGACGCCUGCAGAACCAGAGGACCAGAAGAAUACCGACACCGGACUGCCAUUCUUCCGACUCGCAGAGGUCAAGGAGCAUGGCCCCAAGUCGGAACGACCAUGGGUCACCUACAAGGGCAAGAUCUACGAUAUCACCGACUGGAUCCCGGCGCAUCCUGGAGGUGAGGUCAUCCUACGCGCUGCUGGAUCAGACAUUGAGCCAUACUGGAACAUUUUUGCCAUCCACAAAUCCCAGUACGUCCUCGACAUCCUGGAGUCCUACUGCAUCGGCCACGUCCACCCAGACGACCUCGCCAACGGCCAGGCCAGCGUGGAGGACCCGUUCCUGACAGACCCCGAACGCGACGCCCGUCUGCGCUUCCUCACGCAGAAGCCCUGCAACGCAGAGACGCCCGCCGACGAGCUGGCCGACUCCUUCUUCACGCCCAACGACACCUUCUAUGUCCGCAACCACAUGUGGGUGCCCGUCAUCGACAACGCCCCCGACUAUGAGAUCUCCGUCGAGCUGCCCGAUGGCGAGGUCAAGAAGUACACCAUUGCCGAGCUGCAGACCCGGUUCAAGCAGCACGCCGUCACCGCCGUGCUGCAGUGCUCCGGCAACCGGCGGCGCGACAUGACCGAGCACGCCAAGAAGACCAACGGCCUGCAGUGGUCUGUCGGCGCCAUCUCCUGCGCCAAGUGGGAGGGCGUGCUGCUGCGCGACGUGCUGCGCGACGCGGGCGUGUCCUUUGAGCCCGACCCGGACAUCCAGCACGUCCAGUUCUCCGGCGACGAGGCCUACGGCGCCAGCAUCCCCAUCGAGUCCGCCAUCGACCCCCGCGGUGACGUCCUCCUCGCCUUCCGGAUGAACGACCAGCCCCUGCCCCGCGACCACGGCUUCCCCGUCCGCGUCAUCGUCCCCGGCCACGUCGCCGCCCGCUGCGUCAAGUGGCUCAAGAAGAUUGUCAUCAGCGACGAGGAGUCCCAGACGAGCUGGCAGCGCCGCGACUACAAGUGUUUCGGCCCCAACGAGACCAAGCAGGACUGGGACAAGUACAAGUCCAUCCAGAAGAUGCCCAUCACCAGCGCCAUCACCCGCACCAAGAUGCGCCAGCCCGAGCAGGGCGAGCCCAUGGUCUCCCUCGAGGGCUACGCCUACUCGGGCGGCGGCCGCGAGAUCCAGCGCGUCGACGUCAGCCUCGACGGCGGCCACACCUGGGACCAGGCCCGCCUGCUGCAGGACGACAUGAAGCUCGAGCAGGGCCACCAGGCUUGGUGCUGGAAGCGCUGGCGCUACGAGGGCCACCUGCCCGCCGAGAAGGAGGUGGCCGACGCCGAGAAGCACAACAAGGAGCGCAAAGCCACAUUUGUGGUCAAGGCCACGGAUGAUGCGUACAAUACCCAGCCCCAGACGUACGAGAGCAUCUACAACCUGCGCGGCAACCUCGCCACGGCCUGGCACAGGGUCGAUUACGAGGUCAAGGACGAGGGGAAGCAUAGCAAGGCCGUGGUGAAGACCAAGACGGCAUGA